GUCUCAGCCUGGGACUCUCCAUGGGCUGCUGCUGGCACUGGUCCUGGCGUUCAGGGCCAAGAGCAUGAUGAGCAAGGAGCACAUGGUUUGUCCCGAUUCAGAGCAGGGCCAGUGGCCACCAGAGAAUAAGCACAGCUUCCUGUACGAUCAUGAGGUCUUCCUGGGCAAGGAGGACUCCAAGACCUUUGAUAGCUAAUCCUGGACGAGAGCAGGAGUAGUUGGGGAAAAUUGUUGAUCCAACUGACAGUGAUGAAGGCAGCCUUGUUACUACUGAGGAUCUGAAAGUUUGGAUCAAACAGGUACAGAAAAGAUACAUCAACCAAAAUGUGGCUAAACUCUGGAAGGAUUAUGAUAGGGACAUAGAUGAAAAAUCUCCUGGGAAGAAUACCAGCAGGCUACCUAUGGCUACUACCUGGGAAACCUUGCUGAAUUCCAAGAUAGCUCUGAUCAUCACAACUUUAAAAAGUUGCCUCCACGAGAUGAGAGGAGGUUUAAGGCCUUGACGGUGACCUGACAGCUACUCAGUACGGGUUCAUUGCUUUUCUGCACUAAGAGGAUUUAGAACAUAUGAAGGAGAUUGUAGUUCUGGAAACGCUGGGGAAUAUCGACAAGAACAGGGAUGGUUUUGUGGACCAGGAUGAGUACAUUGUGGACAUCUUUUUCUCACGAAGACAAUUGCCCUGAGACCUACUGGGUUUUGUCUGGGGAGCAGUUCAAUGAUUUCCCAGAUCUGUACAAGGAUGGGGAACUGGAUUAGGAUGAGAUUCACCAUUGGAUCCUCCCUCAGGACUAUGACCAUGCACAGGCUGAGGCCCAGCAUCUGGUGUAUGAGUCAGAUAAAAACAAGGAUGAGAUGCUGACCAAGGAGGAGAUUCUAGACAACUGGACCAUGUUUGUGGGAAGCCAUGCCACCAAUAACAGAGAAGAUCUUACCAAAAAUCAUGAUGAUCUUUGAAAGAAACUCAUCCUCAUGUGGCCAACAGUCACAUGCUUUCUACGGAUGUUCUGGGUGAUUGCUAUAUUUGUCAAGUAUAUAGCAGUUGUGUCCCUAAACAAUAAGAAACCUUUCUAAAGCUCAAAAAAAUCAUACAUUGCACCACAAACAAUAAUAGUAGGAAAUUUAAACACGCCACUUUCAUCAAUGUACAGAUAAGGGAAACAGAAAUUAAACAGAGACACAGAAAGACUAACAGGUUAUGAAACAAAUGGAUUUAACAUAUAUAUAUAUAGAACACUCCACCCUAAAACCAAAGGAUAUACCUUCUUCUCAGCAUCCCAUUGUACCUUCUACAAAAUUGACCAUAUAAUCGGUCACAAAACAGGCCUCAACAGAUACAGGAAGAUAGAAAUAACCCCAUGCAUCCUAUCAAAAAACCACGGACUAAGGCUGCUGAUCAAUAACAACAAAUAGGACAGAAAGCCCACAUAUACAUGGAAGUUGAAGUCAAUGACAACUUGGUCAUUGGAGACAUAAGAAAGAAAUUAAAGACUUCUUAGAAUUUAAUGAAAAUGAAGAUACAACAUACCAAAACUUAUGGGACAGAAUAAAAGCAGCACUAAGAGGAAAACACAUAGCUCUGUAUGACUGCAAAAAGAAACAAGAGAGAGCAUAUGUCAGCAGCUUGACAGCACACCUAAAAGCUCUAGAAAAAAUUAAAUAAACCCUAGAGGAGUAGAAGGCAGGAAAUAAUCAAACUCAGGGCUGAAAUCAAACAAGAAGAAACAAAACCUAGUAUCAAAAGAAUCAGCAAACCCAGAAGCUGGUUCUUUGAGAAAAUCAACAAGAUACAUAAACGCAUAGCUAUAUUAACCAGAGGUCACAGAGUGUAUCCAAAUUAAUAAAAUCAGAAAUAAAAGGGAGACAUAACAACAAAAUCUGAAGAAAUUAAGAAGAUCAUCAGAUCCUACUACAAAAACAUAUAUUCAACAAUACUGGAGAAUGUGGAGGAAAUGGACAAUUUUCUAUACAGAUACCAGGUACCACAGUUAAAUCAGGAACAAAUAAACCAUUGAAACAACCCCAUAACUCAUAAAGACAUAGAAACUGCUAAUAAACAUCUCCCAUCCAAAAAGAGCCCAGGACCAGAUGGAUUUAGUGCAGAAUUCUAUCAGACCUUCAUAGAAGACUUCAUACCAAUACUGUCCAAACUAUUCCGCAAAAUAGAAACAGACAGAGCACUACCAAACUCCUUCUAUGAAGCCACAAUUACUCUUAUACCUAAACCACACAAAGAUACAACAAAGAUAGAGAAAUUCAGACCUAUUUUAUUUAUGAACAUUGAUCAAAAUGCUCAAUAAAAUUCUUGCAAACUGAAUCCAAGAAUGCAUCCAAACAAUCAUCCAUCAUGGUCAAGUAGACCUCAUGGCAAGGAUGCAGGGAUGGUUUAAUAUACAGAAGUCCAUCAACGAAAUUCAUCAUAUAAAGAAAGCCAAAACCACAUGAUCAUUUCAUUAGAUGCUGAGAAAUUAUUUGACAAAAUUCAUUACCCUUUCAUUAAUAAAGUCCUGGAAAGAUCAGGAAUUGAAGGCCUGAAUCUAAAUAUAGGAAAAUGCAAAAUACAUCAAACCUGUACCUAACAUCAAACUAAACUUAGAAUAUUGAAGGAAUCCCACUAAAAUCAGGGACUAGACAAGGCUGCCCACUCUUUCCCUACUUUUUCAAUAUGGUACUUAACAUCCUAGCCAUAGCAAUCAAACAAUGAAAGUAGGUCAAAGGGAAAAAAAUAGAAGGGAUGAAGUCAAAACACUAAUAUUUGAAGAUGAUAUGAUAGUCUACUUAAGCAACACCAAAAUUCUACCAGAGAACUACUUAACCUGAUCAACAACUUCAGCAAACUGUCCGAGUAUAAAAUCAACCCAAACAAUUCAGUAGCCUUCCUCUACUCAAAGGGUAAACAGGCUGAUAAAGAAAUUAGGGAAAUGGCACCCUUCACAAUAGUCCCAAAUAAUAUAAAAUAACUUGCUGUUACUUGAACCAAGCAAGUAAAAAAUCUGUAUGACAAGAACUUCAAAUCUCUGAAGAAAUUGAAGAAGGUCUCAGAAGAUGGAAAGAUUUCCCAUGCUCAUAGAUUGGCAGGAUGAAUAUGGUAAAAAAUGACCAUUUUGCCAAAGGCAAUCUACAGAUUCAAUGCCAUCACCAACAAUAUUCCUACUCAAUUCUUUAUAAAGGUAGAAAGUGCAAUUUGCCGUCAUUUGGUAGAACAUAAAACCCAGGAUAGCAAAACUAUACUCAACAAUAAAAGAACUUCUGGGGGAAUCACCAUCUCUGACCUCAAGCAGUAUUACAGAGCAAUAGUUUGUAUGGUAUUGGCAUACCGACAGGCAGAUCAGUGGAACAUAAUUGAAGACACAGAAAAGAACCCACACACCUAUGGUCAUUUGAUCUUUGACAAAGGAGGUAAAACAUCCAAUGGAAGAAAGAUAGUAUUUUUAACAAAUGGUGCUGGAUCAACUGGAGGUCAACAUGUAAAAGAAUGCAAGUUGACCCAUUCUUAUUACCCUGUACAAAGCUUAAGUCCAAGUGGAUCAAGGACCUCCACAUCAAACCAGAUACACUAAAAGUAAUGGAUAAAAGUAGGGAAGAGUCUCGAAGACAUAAGAACUAAGGAAAAUUUCCUGAACAAAAUACCAGUGGCUUAUGCUUUAAGAUCAAGAAUCGACAAAUGGGACCUCAUAAAACUGAAAAGCUUUUGUAAGGCAAAGGACAGUAUCAUUAGGACAAAAAGGCAACCCACAGAUUGGGAAAAAAUCUUUACCAAUCCUGCAUCUGAUGGAGGGCUUAUAUCCAAAGUAUACACAAAACAGAAGAAGUUAGAGUACAGAGAGCCAAACACCCCUGUUAAUAAAUGGGGUUCACAGUUAAAGAAAACAUUCUCAGCUGAGGAAUAUAGAAUAGCUGAAAAGCACCUAAAGAAAUGCUCAACAUCCUUAGUCAUCAGGGAAAUGCAAAUCAAAACAACCCUAAGAAUCCACCUCACACCAGUCAGGAUGUCUAAGAUCAAAAAAUCAGGUGACAACAGAUGCUGGCGAGGAUGUGGAGAAAGAGGAACACUCGUCCAUUGUUGCUGGGAUGGCAAACUGGUACAAGAACUCUGGAAAUCAGUCUGAACGUUCCUGUAAAAUUGGACAUUGCACUACCUGAGCACACAGCUAUACCUGUCCUGGGCAUGUACCCAAAAGAUACUCCAACAUACAACAACACAUAUGAUCCACUAUGUUCAUAGCAGCCUUAUUCAUAUUAGCCAGAAGCUGGAAUGAACCCAGAUGCCCUUCAUCAGAGGAAUUUAUUCGAAAAAUGUGGUACAUCUACACAAUGGAGUACCACUCAGCUAUCAAAAACAAUGACAACAUUCAAUUCAUAGGCAAAUGGAAAGAACUAGAAAAUAUCAUCCACAGUGAGGUAACCCUAUCACAGAAAAACACACUUGGUAUGCUCUUGGGAGCGAUGGCCAUGAAGCCCUCCAUUAUUGAUGUUAUUAUUAUGGUGAGCAUUAAGUAUGCCUGGGUUCAUGGAAAAUCGCCAGCCAGCUGCAGAAGACUAAUACAAAUGUGGUGGUCAAGAUGAAUAAUCAUAUGAUAACGUGUGACAUUAAGAUACCCAAUGUCAUGACCUGUAACCUUUCUGAAAAACCAACAUCCUGCUGACUAAUAGAUAUGAAAAACCCGUGACCUUUCUGACAACCUGUCAACACCAGCCAAUUCUCUGACCACACGAAUAUUGUGUCCUUAGCGUGGGUAAAUGUUUCUUACUUCCCCCCUCUCUCUGUUACCCUUUUUAUGGUACAAAUUCAGCCUUGGGGAAAAAUAAAAUUGUCGCCUUGAUCAGACACUUGUCUUGGAGUCCUUCAUCACAUCUCUUGUCCUUCAUUCUCUUCCAGGUACUGAACACCCCUCGUUGACAGUAUGCACUCAUUGAUAAGUAGAUAUUGACCAAAACCUCGAAUUACCCAAGAUGCAAUCAACAGAUCUCAGGAAACUAAAGAAGAAGGAUGACCAAAGUGCAGAUGCUCCCACUCCUUCUUAAAAUGGGGAACAAAAAUAUCCAUAGGAGGGGAUAUGGAGGCCAAAUCUAAAGCAGAGACUGAAGGAACAGCCAUUCAGAGUCUGCCCCACAUGUGGCCCAUAUAUAUACAGCCACCAAAACUAGGUAAGAUUGAUAAAGCUAAAAAGUGCUUACUGAAAGGGACAGAUUAUGCAUCUCCCCUGAGAGACACAUCCAGGGCAUGUCAAAUAAAGAGGUCAGUGCUAGCAGUAAACUACUGAACUGAGAACAAGACGCCCUUUAUGGGAAUUAGAAGAAGUAUUCAAAGAGCUGAAGGGCUUGCAACCCCAUAAGAACAGCAAUGCCAACCAAAUAAACCACUAGCAAAAGACUAUACAUGGACUGACCCAGGGGUCCAACUGCAUAUGUAGGAGAGAAUAUCCUUGUUGGGGCACCUGUGGAAGGGGAAGCCCUUGUUCUUAACAAGGUGGGACCCUCAGUGCAGUGGAAUGUCCGGGAAGGGGUUUCUAAGUGGCAUGGAUUGGGGGACCAUACAUAUGGGAGAGGUCAUGGCAGGGGUGCUUAUGGACCAAAAGCUGGGAAAGGGAAUAACGUUUGAAUAAAACAUAUAUAUCUAGUAAAAAAACUGAAAUUUAAAAAAAUGAUACUAAUACCAAAAAAUAAUCAAAAAAUGUGAAUAAGAAAGAAAUUUUAGGUUUUGGAAAAAGAUGAAUGCCAGGUAUUUGAAAAACUGUAUGACCAUGGUAAACACUUUAAUAUACUUGAGAAAUUUUUUACAUGUUAAUGAACUGCAUCUUUUUUUAAAUAGUGAAUGGAAAUCCAGUCCCUUCCUGGCUGUGAGGCUAGGUAUCCAGAUGUAGUGGAAUUCAUUAUUUGUUGGUCCUGAACCUUUGAGUCUGCUUCUAACUCAGCUUAUGCCAAGGAAACUAGGCCAGGGUGAUGUCUAAGACAUUGACCAAACCAUCUGGACUAACAAUCACAGGUGAAAUUCCACCUUGUAAAUGGGACGAGAGGAAUAAAAGAUACCUUUAAGGAUUUAAAAAAGAUGAAAUGUACCCAAAAAAAUCCAAUAAAAAAUUUAAAAUAAAAAUAACUUCGGAAAUACAAAAUACUGGGGUGCCAUUCCACAAUCAUGAUGUGUUUCUUCUUUGAUAGCUUACAGGUUAAUUUACUUCUCUAUAACUGUUUUCUUAUUUCAAAGUAAGUAAUGGCAUCAUCUGUGGAGUGAUGGUGAGAACAAAAGAUUUGCCGAACUUGAAUAAUCGAUCCCUCCCAAGCAUGUGCUUAAUAUUCUAAGAACAGGGAAAUUUCCUGAGGGGAUUAAAGAACAAAAUCCAAACAUAAAACAGGAACAACAACGAUGUAAAAACAUUCUGCACGCUGGGUAUGAAGGCAUGUUGCAACUUUAAUCAGCUUUGUAGGUAUUUCUAAUAAACACACAAAGAAACAAAAAUCCCAUCACAGUCCUAGCAGUUGCAUCCAACAAAGAGAGAGCUGUGAGGUAGUGCGUGCUGCUUCUUUCCCCAGAUACCCCUGGGCCUCAGGCCUGCACCCAGUGAGCUGGACCAAGAGCAGCCAGGUUGAAAUUCCUGCUGCCAUGGCAGGAUUCUGCAGGAACAUUUCCCUUUGACAACAAGGAACCUGUGUGGAGGAGACCUCUUGGUGAGUCCUCAAGGACUCUAUGUGUCCUAUUCUACAGGGAGAAGCCCUGCCAGGUCUUUGGCAAGGCCAGCCAGUUGUAUGGGGAAGUCUCUGGUCCUGUGGCAGAGGGCGAGGAAUGGCAGAAAGAAUGGCAGCUCCACUGAGAGCAAAGGCUACCCCUUCUAGGCCUGUGACCUCCUAAUUAAUUUAUCUUUUCACCUGAUGCCCUAUUCACAUUUUCUUACUAUCAUACAACUGUGAUCUUGAUGAGCAGCUGGGCUCUUGUUUUCUUAAUCAGUUCUUUGUUGUCACAGACGUUUUUAACUUACUCCAGCCCCUGAGACUUAUUCAUAACUUCUGUAUGAAGUAGGACCCUUGGUGGGACUGUCAUCUCAAAAAUAGAAGGUUCAGUAAUCCAAAAGAUUGGACUCCAGUUUACCUCAGGCCAGGAAAGAAGUCAGCCACCAUUAGUAAAAGAGCAAGGGAAAAAGUACAUAGGACACAUAAGUGCCCUAAUCAGAAGAAAAGAUCCUCAAAUUCUAAGGGCCGCACAUCUGCACCCCUCUCUUCUGAGCUUUGUAUAGUGAUGUUGUAUAACUCCAGAUGGUAGUAAAAGGCAGAGUUCUUCCCAGAAAGGUCAGACAUGAUUUUCACUCUUACAUCUGUGAGGUGGGGUGGCAUUAUAGCACACAUUCAUGUUGAAUUAUUAUAACACCUAUGAUAAGAAAACAGAAUCCAUAUAUCACAAUGCCAAAUGGACUCCCUCCUGAACUUAUGGACCCAUUAAAAUUGAGUUUCAACCUGAACUCAGACCAUUCCACUCCCUUUCCAUCCUCCUGAUUCUUAUGUUUGCUACACGUAAAAGAUCAUGGUGUAGUCCCCAACAUCCUCAUGCCUAGACUUGUCUAUUCAGGAAGUAUGAUAUUGGAGAAGUGAUGGCUAUAUAGUUACAAUGUAGUAACACAAGGUCCAAGGUGACAUUUGCUCACUGAUGUCCAAUUUAAUUGUCUUGUUAUAUUUGAGAAAGGGAGGAUGCCCUACUUUAUAUAUAAAACGGACAGAAAUUUAUUAUUUUUAUAUGCCCUGUAGUUGAUCCCUAUGAUCCCAAGGAAAAGGAGCCUUUAUUGGAAAAAAAAUAGGAUUAUAGACCAUUGAUUUUGUGAAAUACAUGGAUAUGUAAAUGGAAACAAUGUCAGCUGUCAAGGACUGCACAGUAAGCAAAUAUUUCCAGGUUUUAUACACUCAGAGGUAUAGAAGAAAUAUAUUGGCCUCCAAAAAAAGGGAAAAGCUUAGGAAUCGAAGUACAUGUCACAUGCAUUGUCUCGAGUAGUAGAUUUACUUUUAAGAAAAAUCUCCCUCCUCCUUGGUCCCUAGAGAUUUGGGUGCUAAGAAAAAUCUGUUCUCCAAUUCAGGGUUGUAAGCAACCCUCCCCAGCAAAAGCAUUGUUGACUUCUAAUGAAGCAGAGAGGCAUAUGUAGCUCUGAAAUAGAGGUUGCCAAAUGGUAUUCCCAGUGACACAUGGGAGACUGGAGGAAAGGGUCUCCACAGAAAUUCAUCAGUGUGGGGAGAGCUGGUUAGUAGGUAGGCCAUAGAAUUUUCCAGUGACAUCACCAGUAAGCCCUUCACUGGACACUCUAUUGUAUCUAAGAGAUCCCUAGAAUCUUCUGUGAUGUCACCAGUGUUGUGGUGACACCAACUGCCUUUGGGAUAUUACUUCAGUUCCCUUUGGGUUCACAAGCAGGCAUGUUUCGCCAGCUGCUCAGGCUAUUUCGGAAGGAAAGUGUUGAUCAAGGAGAAACCACACCAGGUCAGAGGGAAGCUGACCCCCUCUCUAGUGAAACAGGAAGGAGGAAAUCAUUCUGGGGAAGGCUUGGUUUUGGUAGGAAGGCAUCAUCCCAAAAUGUCAUCAGUAAGCAAGAGGAGUGUCUAAAGGAACUGGAGGAACUCAAAUUUGAAAUCCAGAAGUGUCAAUUCGAGAGGGAUGAACUUUACCAAAUCCUGGACCUUUAUAUCUAUGAUGAGUGGGACCACAGGCUGCAUGUCGAAUUGCCAAUACUUCAAUCUGAACAUGAGAUGAGAAUGAUGGCUAUGCAAAUGAUGACCAACUCAAUAAGUGAUGCCAUGGAGAGGUACAAGGAGCUCAUACAAGUGAACAGUUCCUACCGCAUCAGGCAAUCCCAGCUCCUGCGUGAACAAGCUCAAUUGAAGAACAAUAUACAGAUUUUGCUGAAUGAGAAGAGAGAACUGCUGGUGGAGCAGACUGAACUGCCAGCAUCCUCUGUGGAGGCAAAGAGGUUCUGUGAAGAGGCCGGAAUGAACAUCUGUGACCCCAGAGCCAAGCAACAGCAGGUCUGAAAUUCUCCAGCAGAAACUCGAACAUGACACAGACCAGGACAAGAUCUCCCUUGGAGAGAAGAGCUACAGGAGGAGAACUAAGUGUGCACAGCAAAUACACCACUAUUGCGUCUCAUCUGUAGUGUCCAUAGCAAUUGUGGACGGCAUUUUCCUCCUUUAGUUUAACUUCUUUGGAUUGAAUAGGCUGUACUUUCACCUCAGCUCUCUCCAACAAGUGUGCACUUUUUGAGGGACUCAGAGAAGUGUUGAUGCACAUCAAUCAAGAGCUGCUGGUCAUCCAGAAAGACUGUGCACGUGUAAUUUUGUACUUGUCCUGAUGGGUCAUCCAGAAGAGUUUCAUGGAGAUCAGUUCACAACAUUGGAAAGACUUUGUGACAAAGUCUGUAAUAUCAUUUAUACUCAGUAUUGGUAGGCUUUUUCCUUAAUACCCCCACUCCAACAAAACAGACCUACUUCCACUCCUCUCGAGAAGAUUGUUACCAUCACUAACAGCUUUUCUACUAUGUCUCCAAGGCAAGCCACAGCUAUAAGUCUAUUCUGCAAAAGGAGCAGCAAAAGAAUGCUUAGCGCAAUUCUUCUUUUUAAAGUUUGGUUAAUUUUUAAAUGUUUUGGUUAUUUGGUUUUCCUUCUAUUCAUUUGAAGAUUUAUUAUUUAUCUGUUGUUGUUUUGUUCAUUUGCUUGUCUAUUUUGAUAAGGAUAUAGACUGUAUAUAUUGACUACCUGCAUCUGGUUACUAUCAAGUAAAUUGGAUGUAUUCUGGUCAAUAAAGGAGUAAUCUCAAA